AUGGGUAAUUUCCCAUUCAUGAUGUCUGGGAUGCCAAGGCCUAUCCGGGCUCGUGCUGCUGAAAUGGAGAUGUUUGAUGACCACAAAAGAAAGCCUGGGAGAAAGAUAAAAUUUCGUUGCUUGGACCCACAAGACCCUGAUUUUAAAGUGGCGAAGGAACUUAAGCUUCUGACCAAGAAACAUGCAGCAGAAUCUUCAUUUGUGCUCAAGUAUUUUUUGUCUCAAGUUCAACUAGCACAAGAAGAGAAGCUUGCAAACCAACAGGCGGAGACUCUGAAGGCGAAUUAUGAGAAGUAUGAGCUGAUAGAGGGUGUUCUAAAUGAUGGAAGUGCAAAUCGCAUUAUAACAUGA